UGUGCAUCUUGUGUGCAGAUAGACAAGUUACAAGGUCUUGGGUUAUUAGAGUUGAUCUAACUGAGGGCUGUGGUGUCCGCUGUCUAACAGCCAUGGUUUCUGGGACUUGUUGUUGUUGGUGGUGGUUGGGCCUGUGUUUCCUUCUGGCUACUCCAUGCUGCUCAUUGGUGACCAACCCUGACUAUUACAGAGACAGCCUGCGACUUCCUGAAGAGGCCCCACCUUCUCAGUCAGAGAGACUGUACAAAGGCCCUUCGCUCGGUCUCUUCGGCAGACCCAACAGUUUUACAUGUAGCAGAGGUUAUACGAAAUCUUCUGCUGUGAAUAUGAAGCCUGCUGGUACUCUCCCCCCUUCCCCAGCAGGCCAGCAAAGCGGGGGGAGUUCAUAUGGUGGAAAUGUCCCUAACCAAGGCUCUCUAUCCUCCUGGGGGGUCCGGCCAGUGGAUUCUUCCAGAAAUGAUGGUCCUUCGGCGAACACUGCUGUAGAUGGGUCGACAAGUAGCACAAACUACAGGCCGGUUACAAGUCAGUCUACAGGCAAUACACACUACAGGCCAGUUGCAGGUCAGUCUAAGGGCAGUGUGGGCUACAGGCCUACCAAUCAGCUGUCAAAGGCAGAGGUCAACUCGGGUCAGUGCAGGCCCUAUCCAGCUAAACCUGCUCUUGGCAAAGAUGAUGUCGAACAAGUACUGGUUAGGCCAAAUUCCCCUGCUUGGUCUGCUAAGCCUUCCUCUGCAGCUGUAGUUGGGUCAACAAGUGGCGUAAGCUACAAGCCAGUUACAGCUCCGUCUAAGGGCAGUAUGUACAGGCCUGCUAAUGAACAAUUAAAACCCUCAACGAGCUUUGGUCAGUACAGGCCCUAUACAGCUAAACCUGCUCUUGGCAAAGAUGAGGAUGUCAAACAACUGCUGGUUAGGCCAAAUUCCCCUGCUUGGUCUGCUAAGCCUUCCUCUGCAGCUGUAGUUGGGUCAACAAGUGGCGUAAGCUACAAGCCAGUUACAGCUCCGUCUAAGGGCAGUAUGUACAGGCCUGCUAAUGAACAGUUAAAACCCUCAACGAGCUUUGGUCAGUACAGGCCCUAUACAGCUAAACCUGCUCUUGGCAAAGAUGAGGAUGUCAAACAACUGCUGGUUAGGCCAAAUUCCCCUGCUUGGUCUGCUAAGCCUUCCUCUGCAGCUGUAGUUGGGUCAACAAGUGGCGUAAGCUACAAGCCAGUUACAGCUCCGUCUAAGGGCAGUAUGUACAGGCCUGCUAAUGAACAGUUAAAACCCUCAACGAGCUUUGGUCAGUACAGGCCCUAUACAGCUAAACCUGCUCUUGGCAAAGAUGAGGAUGUCAAACAACUGCUGGUUAGGCCAAAUUCCCCUGCUUGGUCUGCUAAGCCUUCCUCUGCAGCUGUAGUUGGGUCAACAAGUGGCGUAAGCUACAAGCCAGUUACAGCUCCGUCUAAGGGCAGUAUGUACAGGCCUGCUAAUGAACAGUUAAUGCCCUCAACGAGCUCUGGUCAGUACAGGCCCUAUACAGCUAAACCUGCUCUUGGCAAAGAUGAUGUCGAACAAGUACUGGUUAGGCCAAAUUUCCCUGCUUGGUCUGCUAAGCCUUCCUCUGCAGCUGUAGUUGGGUCAACAACUGACGUAAGCUACAAGCCAGUUACAGCUCCGUCUAAGGGCAGUAUGUACAGGCCUGCUAAUGAACAGUUAAUGCCCUCAACGAGCUCUGGUCAGUACAGGCCCUAUACAGCUAAACCUGCUCUUGGCAAAGAUGAUGUCGAACAAGUACUGGUUAGGCCAAAUUUCCCUGCUUGGUCUGCUAAGCCUUCCUCUGCAGCUGUAGUUGGGUCAACAACUGACGUAAGCUACAAGCCAGUUACAGCUCCGUCUAAGGGCAGUAUGUACAGGCCUGCUAAUGAACAGUUAAUGCCCUCAACGAGCUCUGGUCAGUACAGACCCGAUUCAGCUAAACCUGCUCUUGGCAAAGAUGAGGGUGUCAAACAAGUGCUGGUUGGGCCAAAUUCCCCUGCUUGGUCUGCUAAGCCUUCCUCUGCAGCUGUAGUUGGGUCAACAACUGACGUAAGCUACAAGCCAGUUACAGCUCCGUCUGAGGGCAGUAUGUACAGGCCUGCUAAUGAACAGUUAAAACCCUCAACGAGCUUUGAUCAGUACAGGCCCUAUACAGCUAAACCUGCUCUUGGCAAAGAUGAUGUCGAACAAGUACUGGUUAGGCCAAAUUUCCCUGCUUGGUCUGCUAAGCCUUCCUCUGCAGCUGUAGUUGGGUCAACAACUGACGUAAGCUACAAGCCAGUUACAGCUCCGUCUAAGGGCAGUAUGUACAGGCCUGCUAAUGAACAGUUAAUGCCCUCAACGAGCUCUGGUCAGUACAGACCCUAUACAGCUAAACCUGCUCUUGGCAAAGAUGAGGGUGUCAAACAAGUGCUGGUUGGGCCAAAUUCCCCUGCUUGGUCUGCUAAGCCUUCCUCUGCAGCUGUAGUUGGGUCAACAACUGACGUAAGCUACAAGCCAGUUACAGCUCCGUCUAAGGGCAGUAUGUACAGGCCUGCUAAUGAACAGUUAAUGCCCUCAACGAGCUCUGGUCAGUACAGACCCGAUUCAGCUAAACCUGCUCUUGGCAAAGAUGAGGGUGUCAAACAAGUGCUGGUUGGGCCAAAUUCCCCUGCUUGGUCUGCUAAGCCUUCUUCUGCAGCUGUAGUUGGGUCAACAACUGACGUAAGCUACAAGCCAGUUACAGCUCCGUCUGAGGGCAGUAUGUACAGGCCUGCUAAUGAACAGUUAAAACCCUCAACGAGCUUUGAUCAGUACAGGCCCUAUACAGCUAAACCUGCUCUUGGCAAAGAUGAUGUCGAACAAGUACUGGUUAGGCCAAAUUUCCCUGCUUGGUCUGCUAAGCCUUCCUCUGCAGCUGUAGUUGGGUCAACAACUGACGUAAGCUACAAGCCAGUUACAGCUCCGUCUAAGGGCAGUAUGUACAGGCCUGCUAAUGAACAGUUAAUGCCCUCAACGAGCUCUGGUCAGUACAGACCCUAUACAGCUAAACCUGCUCUUGGCAAAGAUGAGGGUGUCAAACAAGUGCUGGUUGGGCCAAAUUCCCCUGCUUGGUCUGCUAAGCCUUCCUCUGCAGCUGUAGUUGGGUCAACAACUGACGUAAGCUACAAGCCAGUUACAGCUCCGUCUGAGGGCAGUAUGUACAGGCCUGCUAAUGAACAGUUAAAACCCUCAACGAGCUUUGAUCAGUACAGGCCCUAUACAGCUAAACCUGCUCUUGGCAAAGAUGAUGUCGAACAAGUACUGGUUAGGCCAAAUUUCCCUGCUUGGUCUGCUAAGCCUUCCUCUGCAGCUGUAGUUGGGUCAACAACUGACGUAAGCUACAAGCCAGUUACAGCUCCGUCUAAGGGCAGUAUGUACAGGCCUGCUAAUGAACAGUUAAUGCCCUCAACGAGCUCUGGUCAGUACAGACCCGAUUCAGCUAAACCUGCUCUUGGCAAAGAUGAGGGUGUCAAACAAGUGCUGGUUGGGCCAAAUUCCCCUGCUUGGUCUGCUAAGCCUUCCUCUGCAGCUGUAGUUGGGUCAACAACUGACGUAAGCUACAAGCCAGUUACAGCUCCGUCUGAGGGCAGUAUGUACAGGCCUGCUAAUGAACAGUUAAAACCCUCAACGAGCUUUGAUCAGUACAGGCCCUAUCCAGCUAAACCUGCUCUUGGCAAAGAUGUCGAACAAGUACUGGUUGGGCCAAAUUCCCCUGCUUGGUCUGCUAAGCCUUCCUCUGCAGCUGUAGUUGGGUCAACAACUGACGUAAGCUACAAGCCAGUUACAGCUCCGUCUGAGGGCAGUAUGUACAGGCCUGCUAAUGAACAGUUAAAACCCUCAACGAGCUUUGGUCAGUACAGACCCGAUUCAGCUAAACCUGCUCUUGGCAAAGAUGAGGGUGUCAAACAAGUGCUGGUUGGGCCAAAUUCCCCUGCUUGGUCUGCUAAGCCUUCCUCUGCAGCUGUAGUUGGGUCAACAACUGACGUAAGCUACAAGCCAGUUACAGCUCCGUCUGAGGGCAGUAUGUACAGGCCUGCUAAUGAACAGUUAAAACCCUCAACGAGCUUUGGUCAGUACAGACCCGAUUCAGCUAAACCUGCUCUUGGCAAAGAUGAGGGUGUCAAACAAGUGCUGGUUGGGCCAAAUUCCCCUGCUUGGUCUGCUAAGCCUUCCUCUGCAGCUGUAGUUGGGUCAACAACUGACGUAAGCUACAAGCCAGUUACAGCUCCGUCUGAGGGCAGUAUGUACAGGCCUGCUAAUGAACAGUUAAAACCCUCAACGAGCUUUGAUCAGUACAGGCCCUAUCCAGCUAAACCUGCUCUUGGCAAAGAUGUCGAACAAGUACUGGUUGGGCCAAAUUCCCCUGCUUGGUCUGCUAAGCCUUCCUCUGCAGCUGUAGUUGGGUCAACAACUGACGUAAGCUACAAGCCAGUUACAGCUCUGUCUAAGGGCAGUAUGUACAGGCCUGCUAAUGAACAGUUAAUGCCCUCAACGAGCUCUGGUCAGUACAGACCCGAUUCAGCUAAACCUGCUCUUGGCAAAGAUGAGGGUGUCAAACAAGUGCUGGUUGGGCCAAAUUCCCCUGCUUGGUCUGCUAAGCCUUCCUCUGCAGCUGUAGUUGGGUCAACAACUGACGUAAGCUACAAGCCAGUUACAGCUCCGUCUGAGGGCAGUAUGUACAGGCCUGCUAAUGAACAGUUAAAACCCUCAACGAGCUUUGGUCAGUACAGGCCCUAUCCAGCUAAACCUGCUCUUGGCAAAGAUGAGGAUGUCGAACAAGUACUGGUUAGGCCAAAUUCCCCUGCUUGGUCUGCUAAGCCUUCCUCUGCAGCUGUAGUUGGGUCAACAACUGACGUAAGCUACAAGCCAGUUACAGCUCCGUCUAAGGGCAGUAUGUACAGGCCUGCUAAUGAACAGUUAAAACCCUCAACGAGCUUUGGUCAGUACAGGCCCUAUCCAGCUAAACCUGCUCUUGGCAAAGAUGAGUAUGUCAAACAAGUGCUGGUUGGGCCAAAUUCCCCUGCUUGGUCUGCUAAGCCUUCCUCUGCAGCUGAAGUUGGGUCAACAAGUGGCGUAAGCUACAAGCCAGUUACAGCUCCGUCUAAGGGCAGUAUGUACAGGCCUGCUAAUGAACAGUUAAUGCCCUCAACGAGCUCUGGUCAGUACAGACCCGAUUCAGCUAAACCUGCUCUUGGCAAAGAUGAGGGUGUCAAACAACUGCUGGUUGGGCCAAAUUCCCCUGCUUGGUCUGCUAAGCCUUCCUCUGCAGCUGUAGUUGGGUCAACAACUGACGUAAGCUACAAGCCAGUUACAGCUCCGUCUAAGGGCAGUAUGUACAGGCCUGCUAAUGAACAGUUAAUGCCCUCAACGAGCUCUGGUCAGUACAGACCCGAUUCAGCUAAACUUGCUCUUGGCAAAGAUGAGGGUGUCAAACAAGUGCUGGUUGGGCCAAAUUCCCCUGCUUGUUUUGCUAAGCCUUCCUCUGCAGCUGUAGUUGGGUCAACAAGUGGCGUAAGCUACAAGCCAGUUACAGCUCCGUCUAAGGGCAGUAUGUACAGGCCUGCUAAUGAACAGUUAAUGCCCUCAACGAGCUCUGGUCAGUACAGACCCGAUUCAGCUAAACCUGAGGUAACCAAACAAUUGCCGGUUAGGCCCAAAUCCUCUGCUUCAUCUGCUAAGACGCCCUCCGGCAGCUUUGGGUCUCCUCAGGCCCAAUGGGCCCAGGCUGAAGUCUCCUCCUCGACUUACGGACAAGCAGGCCAAGCAACCUGGCAGAGCCAAGCGACAUCCACAAGUUCCAAUUCUCAAAAUUACGUCCCUCAAAGCCACAGAGGCAACGAGCUUGUAAAUCUUGCUUACUCCACUGGCGCUUGUCAGCAGGGAGAAGACUCCGUCCCAAUAACCAUCCCCAGUUAUCUAGGCAUUGGCGUCAUUGAGGUGCCGUGCCAAAGAAAUGAAGAGGGUAAGCUGAGGCCUGCCACCCAACCUCAGGCAUCUAAUCCAUCCUACCCUUCAUGGAGAUAUAGAGAAUGAAACUGCUAAGGAUUAGUCUGGUGGGGACCUAUGGCAGAAGAUGUGCUGAAUAUGACCGCUAUGGUUUUGCUAAAUGUUCAUGAAGUGUCUCAAAUGCCUUUCUGACUAAUAAAGUUACUUAUGGUUUGUAAUUGA